GGGAAAUUCGCUACAUUAUUUGCCUGUCUUUUUGCCUGUCACCUUCUCAACCAUGACGACUAUGUUGGCUGUCAUAGUAGCAGUGGUAGCGCUGCUGGGUGUCUCAACAGGGCUCGCUAUGCCAGAAAUGAAGAGUGCACUUGUACCGCAGCCUCAACCGCUUGACGACAGCCGGGCAGACGUGAAGUUUGUUGAAGUUUCCCAGUGCCCCCUGGUAACAGGCAUCCAGCUAGACGUAAUUAAGCCAUGCAUCGCCCGGUCGUCCGGUCUCUGUAUGGAUGACACGGAUUGUGAUGGUGAAAAGGUUUGCUGUCCUGCGGACGACUGCGGCAACAAGCAGUGCGUUAAGAAGAACAAAUGGACGCCACCAUCGCUUGGAUGAGAGUAACUGGACAUGUAACGAAGAGAAGUGAACUGUUGACGCAAACAGCAUUGAUUGUCCCUCGAUCAUCGUUUCAGUCAAUCGCCAGUUGGACGCAUGUAGUUUAUCAAUAAAUCAUAUCAAGCCUAA